CACAGUUCUCUCGCCCUCCUCCUCAUCGCUUCAAUCCAACAGGAUGCGUGUACGAGGCAACGGCCGCCGCAGGGAGAGCCCCCGAGGAGACUGGUCCUACAGGGCGAUGCGCUGCGUAUUGGCUCGCAUCCAGGUCUUUACUCGAGGGUGCCGAUGGAAGCUGUGGCGACUCCGAUCUGGCCGGUCUCGAUGCUGCAGAUGAUUCGGCGGUGGACAAGUCUCCCUUUAGUAAACCUCCCCUAAGUGAAAACAGCCUGGGACCGACACCGACGGACCUGGACCCGCAAAAAUGACGGCCGCGACGCCCUCUCGCGAACCGAAAACGGCCAAUUCCUUAGUCGACGUGUCAGGGUAGGAGGUCUAUCCACCUCCGAAUGAGAAGCACCCUUCUCUGCUCGGACGGAACGGAUCGGUCAUUGUGCAUAUGGCGCGGAUGCAUCCGGCAGUGUGUGUUUCAAGACAGGUCCCAACGGGCCAUACCCCAAGGAGCAAACCGAGAGGACUCGACCCCGGGACCUAUCCCGGGGUGCAGUCUGAUCAAGACUGCGAGGGCAAGCCGCCCGUGGCGACGAGAAGCCUCCUGGAGCACCUGACAGGAUGAGAGCAACAUGCGAAAACGUCGACCCUCGAAUCUCGGCCCCCCGGGUCCUCCGCGCCUCGAACCUCGAGGCGGCCUGCAGGAGGAGACGCAUCGGGACACGAGGCCUCGCACGUCGCGCACAGCAGAGGGAGUCGGGCGCGCCACUGAACCUCCUUGCCAGACCCACGGCUCUCUCUCUCUGGGAGCAAAGAACGGCCACGCACCUGGACCUGUCCCACCAUCUCUCCAGCGCGUGGCACGGCCUCGCUAGCAGCAGCUCCAGUGCUGCUUCGGCAGCGAGCUUCUCGUGCAUUCGCUGCAGUUCGGCGGCGAAGGAGGAACGCCCGGCGGCCCUGCAAAAGCCGGACGAGAGCCUCAUGUCAAAAUGAGCUGGCAUCCCUGCCUCUGGCUACAGUCGAAAUCUACAGUGGAGGCAGACCACAAUCCCCAACGGCUCCAUACGCACUGCCUUGAA